CAUCCGUGGUUGAGGCUGCGAAGUAUUUAAGGAUCAUUUAAGGCCAGUUUCUUCGAUUCUUAACAAAGUUUGGAUAACUUUUAUUCACUUGAACGGACUGGGGAGAUCUUUACAGUGCGCAGUGCGGGGACGUGCGGGAUUCAAGAGCAUGGAGCAGAGCCGCUUCGAUACCCGGGCGGGGGACAGGAGUCGGUCCCCCAGCCCCCAGUCACCCAGAAGACAAGACUCCCGUGGGGAAUCUAUAGGGAAAAGUGAUAAACUCUCUUUUGGAAUCAACGCAAUAUUAUCAGACUCCGUAGGACCCAAAUACAGCUCCAGUCAAAGUUUAGGCAGCCAUAACUUAUGCUAUAUAGACAGUGCCAGUGGGUCCUCGCCUUCGGUGUCACCAACUUUAACAUCCGUCUCUUCCAAAUUCCCUCCGAUGUCCCUCAGCGCCCUGCCGUACAGCUUGACUGUGAAUGGUGUGCUAAGGGUGCCAGCCCACAGGCCUCCGCCCCUGGGCAUGUCGGUUCCUUAUGGACACACGUUAAUGUUCCCGUGGAUGGAAGCAAGGAGGGAUAGGCUCACAGUCACAAGACGCAUUGGACACCCGUACCAAAACCGGACGCCCCCAAAACGGAAAAAGCCGCGGACCUCUUUCUCGCGGCUGCAGAUCGUUGAACUGGAGAAGCGCUUCCACCGCCAGAAGUACUUGGCCUCCGCCGAGAGGUCUGCCCUCGCCAAGGCCCUGAAAAUGACGGACGCACAGGUCAAGACGUGGUUCCAGAACAGACGGACAAAGUGGAGGCGUCAAACAGCAGAGGAGAGGGAGGCGGAGCGCCAGGCGGCGAACCGUUUCAUGAUGAGCUUACAAGCGGAGGCGAGCAAGUCUAUCUACGACGCCAGGGACCCCCUAGUCAUGAGCAAUGCUUCCCUACACGCCCUGCAGAACCUGCAGCCCUGGGCCUCGGAGGAGGAGGCAAGACAGGCGGCGGAGAAUGCCGAGAAGAACGCUUACCUUAAUUCGCCCACCAUGGUCUAGCUCGGCCGGGACCAUGGUCUAGCUAGGGGACUUGGGGGCGGCGGGGGUACGGUACGGUCCUGCUCGGGAAGACUGUCUCGGUGCAGUCGCUUCGAGGGCGGGCCGAGUGCAUGAAUGGGUCUGGCUUUUGCGGUGGUGUUCGGAUCUGAAGAGUAUCCUGUUGUUUACAGUUGCCUUCGAGGCAAACCUGGGUGACCGAGAUUCCGCCGAGAGGACUCUGAAAACUAUUCUUAUCCACAGCCUCAAAUAUGUUCUCAUCAGUGGUUUGUCCAAUAGUCAACGUAUGGAUUAUAGUAUGCAGUCCUGUGCAUUCUGCGCUAUACAUGUAUAAAGACCAAGUUCAGAGCAUUAAGGCGUAUUUUGUAUUCUGCUAUAUCCGGUUCUGUUUUCUUUAUCGUCUCAGACCCAGAACCGCCUAUCAAUAGAGCCAUUACUAGAUUUGAACCAGAGGUAGUAAAACGAAGUACGCCAAUGGUUAUGAUUUGAUAUUUUACACAGUGUGCUAUCUAUAUUCUGGUCAAUUCAUUCUGAACCAUCAUAGUUACUCGGUCCAUUACGACCCCUCAUACAACGGCGUCCGGGUCGGCGAAGUGGAUCUCAAGAUGGGGCGAUUGGGUGAUGUAUCUCUUGCAGCCCAUACGAGGUUCAACGCUUAGGGUAUCAUGGCGUGUACGGCCGGGUUUACAUAAAGCUACACGGUAGACGAACACGCCGGCGAACAAGAGGUGUCAUGGUCAUGAACCCUGAGUGAAGCAUUGUUCUCCGGUGUAUCCGUACACCGUGUUGCUCUAUGUAAACCAAUCCUUAGAGACACACGUAUUUCCGUUAAACAGACAAACCUCGAGAGGCAGAAAUGGCUUUUUUCAGCUUCCGCAUCUUUCGGAGAUUGAUGGGCCUACUUGAUUAAACGGUCCGUUCAUUUUCUCGAACUACAAACCAACUCAAGUGAAGUAUAACAUUUACAUGGUUUUAACCUUGUAUCAUUUCACCUAUGUUUUUUUGCUAGUUUCAUCUUUCAUCUGGUGGGUAGUUGAAAGCAACAUUAACAAACUGCUAACCAUAAACAUCAAUUAACAUCUCUUAAAAUGAACGCUGGCUUUUCGCAUGUGGUCGCAUUAUGCAGGAAUCAUUAUACUGCAACUGCAAAUUUUUCGCGGGAGGUUAGUCUUUGUGGUUUUGGCGAGAAAUAUCAAUUCACAUAAAUUAAAAUCGUGAAAAUUUAUUUAUUUCAUCGGAAAAGACAAGAAAUUUGAACUUCGUUGUCCAACAAUAGAAAUAUGAAAAUGUUAUUUGCUUGUAAAUCUUGAACAAUAAUAAUAUCAUAAAAAAUUUGCAUUUUUUACAGUAGUUUGUCUGCCAAAUAUAGUAUCUUUUUGUACUACUUUGAAAAUGUUGAUAUUUAAUCGUGGGUGACCUCGUUAUAUAGUGAAAAAAAUUUGUUUUGAACAACCAGACCCUGUUCUGCUGGACUUAGUUUGAGGGUUCAUGUCCCUGAUGAUGGGGGAACGGGGGGGGGGGGGCAUUUUCAGUUAUUAUUCAUCGUACUCGUUAUCCACACACAGUAUUCCAUCCAGAAGGUCUAUUCCCCAAGGACGAGUCACUAAAUACAUUCUACCCGUUGUCUUAUUCAACAUCUAUCUUUUAAAGCGUGUUGUUUUUAUCUGUCUUGACACUCGGACCGAUUCACAGGCCAGAUUAAUUCCGCACGUCAACUCUGAUAAAACAAGUAAUUAAUUAAGCGGCCUCAAUGGCGGCAGGAAGGAAAAACUACCCCGGGCUCGUGUCAACGCAUCAAUUUGAUUGGAUCAUCGUGUUUCGGUCACGUGGUUUCCGGAGGUCGUCUGUGGAUGAGAAACUAGCGGCAGUAUUUUUGGUUUCCGUUAGAGUUUUUUGGUAAAUUUCCAAUUUCAAAGUGGGUAGAAUAAUAGAAGGCGAGUGCAGACCAUAUGCAUAUGCAUGUGUAAUUCAUGUUAAAGAGAGUCUUGAGCUCCGAACAAAGUUUUUUGUCGA